CACAAACGUCAUUUCGUUCGGUACUGUAUUCCUGUCAAUUUAACGAAGAGACGAAAGUAACCUGAAUUUUGAAUUUAUAAGAUUUAUUAUUGUACAAAAUGUAUGGAAAUGAAAGAUUUUAAUUUACUUAUAUACCUCAAAGUAUUUUAGGCCUUCCUUUUUAAAAGAUAUAUCAUAAAAUAUGCUAAGAGCAGUGUCGUCCAUUUAUAUAGAAAGCCAGGCGCUGGAGUUGUUCGCCACGACCAGGAGGGAUGUUUUCAAGUUAUUCCGCACAAGUUCCUACUCCACAGCUGCACAAACAUCACAGCCUGCCAGGAAGAUAAGGAGAUACAAAACGACAGUUCUGAAGUCAUCGGCCAGCAGUACCCCCGCGGGGCAAGCGCCCGCGCCCCCCGCGCGGCCUCCGGAGCCCCCGCGCGAGCCUCCGCCCCCACCCCCUCACCGCCGCGCAUGGCCCUUAGGGGCAGCGGCACUCGCACUCACAGCUUCAAUCGGAGGGGUGUAUUACUAUCACAAGUAUGGAGAUGAGAAAACCAAAGUUAUUGAAGCAGACACGGAGCAGCCUCCCAAGCGCGCGUGGCGCUCGCCGCAGUCCGCGCACGCGCUGCCGGCGCACGCGCAGUUCCUGCUGGUGGGCGCGGGCACGGCCGCCUUCGCCGCCAUGCGCGCCAUCCGCAGUCUGCGGCCAGACUCGCAGGUGUUGAUGGUGGGCGAGGAGCCGGCGUUCCCAUACAUGCGGCCGCCGCUCAGCAAGGAGCUGUGGCGGGAGCCGGCGCUGGCGGACGCCGAGCUGCCGACGCUCAGCUUCCGGCAGUGGAACGGCCGCCGGCGCUCCGUGCUGUACGAGCCGCCCGCCUUCUACCGGCCCGUGGAGCAGCUGGCCGCGGCCGACGCAGGAGGCGCCAGCGUGGCGCGCGGCUGGCGCGUCAGCAAGCUGGACGUCGCCAAGCACGAGGCCACGCUGUGUGCUCCGGGGGAGCCGCCGGUCACCAUCACCUACGAUAAGGUGCUGGUGGCGACGGGCGUGCGGGCGCGGCGCGUGGCGGCGCUGCGGCCGGCGGCGGCGGCGGGCCGCGCGCUGGCGCUGCGCGACAUCCGCGAUGCCCAGAAGCUGGCAGCCGCGCUCGACGACCCCGCCGUCUCCAGGAUCGCGAUCGUCGGCGGGGGCUUCCUCGCCACGGAGCUCAGCGCCGCGCUCGCGGAUAGAUUACAAGGCACCGGCAAGACAGUGACGCAAGUGUACCGCGAGGCGACGCCGCUAGCGGGCGUGUUGCCGGCGUACCUCGCGUGCGAGGCGGCGCGGCGGCUGCGAGGCGCGGGCGUGCGGCUCAGCAGCGGCGCCGUGCUGGCGGCCGCGGUCGAGGACGCCGGCGUGCGGCUGCGGCUGCAGGGCGGCGCUGAGCUGCUGGCCGACCUCGUCGUCGAGUGCGUCGGCGGAGAGGUGGACGAGUCCCUGGCGCGGGCGUCGGGGCUGGAGACACACCCGACACUGGGCGGGCUGCUGGUCAACGCGGAGCUGCAGGCGCGCUCCGACGUCUACGUGGCCGGCGACGCCGCGUGUUUCUACGACUCGGCGCUGGGGCGGCGGCGCGUGGAGCACCACGACCACGCCGUGGUGUCGGGGCGGCUGGCGGGCGAGAACAUGGCCGCCGCCGCCGCGCGCCCCUACGAGCACCAGAGCAUGUUCUGGAGCGACCUCGGCCCGCAUCUCGGAUACGAGGCUAUCGGCAUAAUCGACGCUGAGCUACCGACAGUGGGCGUGUUCUCAGCGGACGCGGUCGAGGACGCGGGCGCGCGCGCGGAGGUGGGGGCGGAGGCGGAGGCGGGGGCGGCGGCGGAGGCGGAGGCGGGCGGAGGGGACGAGGCCUGCAGCCGGCGCUACGCGCGCGGCGUGGUGUUCUACGUGCGCGGGCGCCGCGUGGUGGGCGUGCUCAUGUGGAACUUGUUCAACCGCAUGCACGUGGCGCGCCGCGUGCUGGCCGCCGGCGAGGUCGACGACCUUUUCGAGGUGGCCAAGCUCUUUGACCUGCAUGAGGAAGACUAGUGUAGAUAAUAAAACGUUCGCACCUAA